CAGCAAAGAAGAGAUGCAUUGCCCUCAGUGCGAGUACAAGUGCGUUCAGGACAAGGCUUUCAAGAGGCACAUGGAGCUGCACGCUGAAAACAAGCCUAUUACUUGCUUUGCUAGCUGUGUGAUAUGUGGAGUUGAUUUUCCUCAGGAAUCUGAAGCUCGGUUGCACAUGAACAUAACGCAUCGCUGCCCAAGUAACCCCGACCACUGGCAGUGUCCCAUGUGUGGCUUCCAUUCGGUCCAGGAGAAGAAGAUGAUCCAGCACAUCCGCAUGCACACAGGCACCAAGCCUCAUUUGUGCACCUUCUGCGACUACCGCUCAGGGCGCAGGGACAACCUGCGUUCGCACGUACGCCGCAUGCACAAGGCAGAAAAUUUGUUCGCGGAUUCGUUCCAGCCAUCAGCCGCCCUCGAUGCCGAGGAACACUUCUUAGGGAUGCAGCGAGCCAACGACGACCAAAGUGAAAUAGACAAUGAAGAAACUGAUGGUGCUUAUCGGGCAGUUGGCGCCGAGAACGCCAUGUCUGGAAAUUCUAUGCGGAAUGUUGCUGUUGGAGAUCCACAUCCCAUUCUGGGGCUAGCUAACAAUCCUCAAGAUUUUGAGAUUGACACAUCAUUGGUGAACUUGCCAUACGGUGUCAUGGAGAACUAUCCGCUUGGAUCCUCUAACAUGGAGAAUAUGAUGAACGACCUGGUGAACCAACCUGGAGCAUUUGAGUCUCAUAUGCUGCAGUCGCCACAAAUGAAUGGAUACUUGACAUGGACUUCGCACGAGCACCAACACCAACACUCGCUGCCCAUGCAAUCUUCAAGCGAUGGUCAAAACCUCAAUAGCACCGAAAGCUCGUCCAUGGAUGCCAACGAGUCACAUAUUAUCUUCACCAUGUCGCAACAUUCCUGAGAACAGGAAACUUUAGUUUUAAUAAAUUCCGUCUACUUAAUGUGGGCUCAUUUGGACUCAGAUGGGAAUGAUAAAAAAAAUUUCAAGUUUCUUUUUCAUCAAUAUGAUAUUUUGACUUUUUAAGACCUAUUUAAAGUUGUAAUGUGAUGGUUUUUACUUAUGCAACUUUUAUUUCUUUGUUCGAUGGUAUUCACCUUAUGACCAUUGAGGAGCAGAGUGCUGUCAUAUCAAUAGGCAUAGACAAUUAAGUUAGACGAAUUAUUCCUACCUCUAAGACUGGUUAACUCUCCUAUGCAUGAUAAGGGUUCAUACGAUACGUGCCUUCUGAGUAACCAGUACGAGUUAAUUCUUACUUUAUUACUGCCAUGCAAUUGCGGUGGAAUAGUUAACUAUGCAAUGUAAUAUAAGUGUUCUUAUUCAUGCAAUACGAGUAGCUACAUUAAGCGUUCAAGUUUAUUUUUUCUGUAGACAUCACACCUCUCGCAGAAUUUUACGCCUUUUAUUAUUUGAAAACUCGCUUCGAAAUGCAUGCACUGUUUUUACUCCAUUUUUUUUAUGAUACUUAAUAUUAGCAGUUGUUGGGAUAAUUUUUUUUUUGUUGACGCUCAAGAAUCACGUGGGUGAUACCGAAGCGAGUAACCUAGAGCUGUGAACUAACGUACAACUAGUGCCAUAUCACGCACUAUAGCUAAUUAUUUAGAUCUUGAUGCAAACGAACGCUUCAUGACGCCGUAUUGCAUUGUACAUGGUUAUUGCUGAUGCUCACUAAUAGCUGCCUUUACACAUACUUGCUCAAUGACGACUGAUGACUAGUGUGAUGGUUGACAAAAUAUCGCCAGCUGUCUUUGUAGGUUACUCUAGUAAGUCAAGUUUGUAUCAGUCUAACCGCUGCCUAUUUCUGUGAUGCCUCAUUGUCAGUGUUUUGUAUAUUAUAUUCACUGCCAACUUAAUGCCAGUGCGUUGCACCGUAGUAAUCGCGUGCUGGAACUUGCUUACAAAAAGUUUUUGCACAGAAAAGAAAGCCAACCUCUAUUUUUGAGAAAAAUGACUAUUGUGUGUGCCAAGUUGUAUUUUAGUCGAAUAACGUUUUAUAGUUGAAGUAUUCAUAUUGCCGGCAAUGCUCAUUUGCCGUUUUGAAAGUGGGCCUUGCGUAUGUUUUUAUAACAGAGCGUAAUGCUGAUGUCAAUUUGCCCAUGGCGUUAUUUACGGCAUACGAUAUAGCAGCUAGUUAAUGUGUCAAGUAAUCUUGUUGAAGAGUUGUGGUCAAUUCUCAUGAUUUUGUAGCUUUGAUAAGGAACUGAGGUGAAUUUUAUAGUCACUGCAGCUUUUCUCUGCCGUUCUAAAUUUUUGUCACAAAAAAAGGGGAUCUGGCAUUAGUGUGUCGGUACGAUCAGGUCCUAUGAAUAGUAUUCGCUUUUGUGAUAUAUUGUGCUGCUAUAAAUGCAUUACUGCGAACCAAUCUCUCACUUGCGGGAAUCAUUUUAUGAAGGGGGUCAUUUUACCCUGGAAAAAUAUUUAAUGUUGAACUACAAUUUAGAUGUAAUUGUUAUUUCCAUGUAAUCGUAUUGGGUCCUAUGAUGAGAUAUUAGUUCAUCUCAGGAAAGAUGAAAUUGAAUGGUAGCUGAUCUGCGUACAAGUUGAUGUUACUAGUUUGAGAAAAUGAAUUUCAGAAUUUGACUGAAUAUUGCCUCCUAAUGAAUGCUCCUGCCCGUGUCAUUGUUAUGCGUCGUAGGCAUGGGAGCUGCCUGUCCGUUACGGGACAGAUCCUAGCAUUAUGAUUUCCAUUAUUUUGGGGGGACAUUAAAACGUCCUAACCAUCUCGUGAAUUGCGCCGCUUCCUAUCGCUGAACAAGGGAAGGAACUUUGGUUUGCGUGUUGGAAAAGAAGUGUGUCGGUGGGCAAUAACACUAUUUUCUUAAUAUUAUAUAUUCAUAUUGCCGAACCUAAAGCUGUAAGAGUGCCGACAUGUAGAUUGUUCAGCUAAAUAAUCCAACUGAUAAAUUAGCUUCGUUAUCUGAAGUUCGCCUUUCCUAGCCUUCUGGAACAAAGAAGGAUAUGAAAAUGUGAUUUUGCGUAGCUUUGGCGUUCCGCUGAAUCAUCGUUGUUGGAUCAGAUUUCUACUGGGAGUUGGAUUCCAGUAAAAAUGUAUAAGCGACACUUGUCUCCUAUGACAGUUCAAGGUUCCUAUUCAACUAGAUUUUAGAAGCGGUUGUCUACUUCGCUUGUCUCGGCGAGAACUGAGCGUUUACCUGCCAAGUUAGAGUGAGAUUAUUCAUGUCUUAAGUUUAAUCACACACCAGAUUUAUAUUAUAUAACCAAUAGAACGUAAGACUUUUGAUGUUAGCUGCUUCGUAUUUAAUGACGCGCCGUGAGAUGAUGGGAAGAAUUAUUCAUGUUUAUCCUUUAAUUUUAAUAUAAGUUUGGCAUGAAGUUUUGCAUUAGCGUGAAAUCUGGAAACGAGAAUCAUGGAUGCUGUUCUCCGCUAAGUUGUGAAGGCGGUGAUCUACCAUUGUUACUACAGCAUUUUUCUUUCAUAAAACGACAGAUUUUGUUUAACCUACAUUAUUAAUGUGGUGAAUUAUUUUAUUUCACGGUUUUUAAGUAUGAGUAAUAUUGAGAUCGAUUGUGUCUCGUACGUGGAAGCACGCGUUUCUAUUAGAGAUAUGCAUUUUUUUCGCUCAACCGCGCUGAAUUUAAUUUUUUAACUCAUAAAAUUGCUAGCCAUGAUUCUUUGUACUUCAUCAUUUUGAAUUAGAGGAGUACAAAACCUAAAAGUUUAUUCAGUCAACUGUACGGAAGCUCGAAAGCUUGGUUGUCCAAGCCUCCCGUGCCGUAUGCAUUACCGUGGCUGCUGCUGAGUUUUGUGAGCGACAGCCAACAUUUAGGUAUUACAAAGUUGCUUGUGAUUUUAUUACAUUAAGAGCUCAGUUGGUUUUGUCGAUAUUGCACGAGUGGUGCAAGAAAGCCCGAUCUAUUUUUUCUCCUAUUACACUUCUUGGAUAGGAGUUGGUGGUUUUCCAUUUUUCCACGAAGUAUUAAUACUAGGACUCGCAUUUAUUCUUCGCGAUUGGUGCUCUCAUCUAUACAAUUGUUUGUCAUAAACUAAGCGUGAGCUUCUUUGAAUUUGUUAAGUGGCGUGAGUAUGGCGAUGUAGAAGAUUUUGUUAUGCUUGUGCAGUAUUUGGUCUCGCAAUGUACUAGACUAACCAGGUGAAAUAACUCUUUUAGUUGUGCUGUUUUUUUUUUUCAAAACUCCAGUUGCUUUUUAACUCAAAUUCGCUACUUUUUAUGAUGGCGACUUUAGUUUCGAGUGUAACCAUUAUUUUUUUCAGAAUUAUUUUUAAUGCCAACAAGGAAUAUAUUUCUAUACCUCAUUGCGGUUGGUCAUGAUAAACUUUAAAGCAUAAAAUGAGUUUGAAUUGAAUGUCAUUGCGAGCCCGCUAGAAAUUUUCAGUUUCACGCGAUUGACAUUACUCGCGUCUUCAAAAAAAGGAAUGUAUAUGUUCCCUCCAAAAUUACUAGCUCAAGUUUCUGCAUUGCUGGAAUUAUUUUUAUGUAUUAAGUAAAUAGCCUAGUUUAUGUGAUAUACGUGGCGAGUAUAUUACGCUUUAUACAUUCCAUGUAUUUUCUUUUUUAUAUUUGUGCGUCUCUUUUAUCAUUUAAGCUCAUAUUGAAUGGGAAUUUUACAAGGGAACUUAAUGUUUGUGCAUUUUGUGCUUAUUUUUGUAGCUUCGUAUUAUAGUUCCCUUCUACUUCUUCUUUGUUGUAAUUUACUGAAGUUUAUUCCACAUAAAACAUUGGUUAAUAGCUGCCCUUCCUAAAAUUUGCACGAGAUAAUGUUUCCUAAUAAUGUGCCGUUGCAUCUACCAAAUUUUUGACUUUUAAAUUCCUGAUCACGCUUAAUAAGAACAUAGGUUGUCCAUUUGCCUUUCUGACGUUCAUAUGCAAACUCUGACGUUGUUACGUUCAUAUAUAAACUGCGAGCUUCAGCUUCCACAGAAGCUCAAAGUUUAAUUUCAGUCUAAAUUUUGAAGUAACGUGGCUGCUUCAUGAAGUCUAUGAUCAGUUCAAUUUAUUAUUCACUUAGAGGUUCGUGUUCAUCAGUGUUUUGUUUAAUGACUCUGGAGUGCGUAGAGCUUAAUUUAGAAAGUGUGCACUCAAGUUAUAAAGUAAGUAAUGUUGUUGUUCGCACAUGUUAUUCAUGUUUAUCUACUUUUGUCUUCUCGUAGUUUUAGAUAUUGAUUAUUUUAUAUUCUGGGGAUUGACCUUGGGAACAUUCGCUGUAACGUGUGGAGCGUUCAUUCUAUUUAUGAUCGGGCUAGCUCUUAAGAAGUUCCAUUUCAUUUCCACGCACACGGAUUGUGUUUCAAAAUUAUUUGUAUCUCCUCAGAGUUCGCCAGGAUCGACCACCGCUCGCCCGAUUUUUAACUAAAACGAUCGAUUCCCUUUGAUUUAUUGGUCUGUUAUUAUGGUGAUUUAAAGACCAAUUCCCAUGCUACUUUGAUAAAUUUCAUGCUUCGUAUAAACGAAGUUGAGAACACUCCGACUGCCCGUCUGCGCGAUGAGGCAUGCAGGUCUCUAGAGUAUCUCGCUCGCUGACUUUGUAGUGUCCUGGUAGUUUUGGUGCAUCCACGUUAUUCUAAAAUCGAUUCCAACAGUUAUUUUCUUCCUGAGCUGCUCUUGUAUUCUGGCCAGUUAUUAAUCCAAGUUAUUUCUUAUGUACAUCCCUGUCCUCUUGAAACAUUUGUUUAAAUACUUGAUUGUUUUACCGAAGUUACUGUCCCAUUCUGUUAGUCAUUUAACGUAUACCAAUCUUGCAGCGGCCUCUAUCAUCUACCCAUUCUCGAUCGGAUGGUGCAUGUUACGGGAACAAGGUAUCCUUUUCCUCUCUUUGUUGGUGUUGAACUUGUUAUCUUAAACCGUCCUGUAUUAAAGCUUUGGGAGGAUUUCAAGGUCAAGGCAUUAAUAGUUGAAUUAUUUGUUAGUGUUAGUUCCCAAAUGAUGCCUCGGAACAUAUCCUAGCUUUAAGAGGAUGCAAUACUCGGAGUGUUCCAAGUAGCAUAAGCAAAUCCUUACUGAUGCAAUGUGUGAUGCAAUGAAAGGAUGAGCCCAGGGUAUAGUGUUACGUCAUUGAGCUUAUUCCUACUAGAUAUAAAACCCUUAGCUGUAAUUGCUACCGCUUAAGCAAUUUAUCACCUGUUGACUCAAUUCCACUUUUGUACUUUUGUAUCUUGCAUAAAAUAUAUAUUCUCCAUAACAAAUA